GUGCGUUUCUCAUCCCAUAUAUCAUAUGCAUGGUAUUUGCUGGAAUUCCUCUCUUUUUCCUGGAAGUUUCACUGGGUCAGUUUAUGAGCCGGGGUGGAAUCAUGUGCUGGAAAAUAUGCCCUCUGUUCCAAGCACCCUGGUACUGGCCAUACUGGCUGGUUCAACCGGCCUGGUACUGGCCAUACUGGCUGGUUCAAUCAUCCUGGCACUGGUCAUAUACUGGCUUGUUCAAGCAUCCUGGUACUGGCCAUACUGGCUGGUUCAACUGGCCUGGUACUGGCCAUACUGGCUGGUUCAACUGCCCUGGUACUGGUCAUAUACUGGCUGGUUCAGCCGCCCUGGUACUGGCAAAACUGGCUAGUUCAACCGCCCUGGUACUGGUCAUAUACUGGCUGGUUCAAGCACCCUGGCUGAUAAUUUUCUAUGAUUACAGAUUCAAUGUGCUGCAGAUCACUGAUGAUAUUAAGGACAUUGGUGGCAUGAGAUGGGAACUUGCUGGAUGUCUUCUCUUGGCGUGGGUUAUCUGUUAUCUCUGUAUUUUCAAAGGAGUCAAAUCUACUGGCAAAGUUGUAUAUUUCACAGCUACAUUCCCAUACAUAAUGAUUACUAUCUUGUUAGUGAGAGGAGUUACUUUACCCGGUGCUGUGGAUGGAAUCAAAUUCUAUUUGAUACCAAAAUGGGAACGUCUCCUUGAUGGAAAGGUAUGGAUUGACGCUGGUACACAGAUCUUCUUUUCUUAUGCUGUGGGACUGGGUGCAUUAACUGCAUUGGGUAGUUAUAAUAAAUUUUUCUUUUUCAUUAUCAGGGAUGGCAUUAUAAUUGCCUGUAUCAAUAGUAUAACAAGUUUUUAUGCUGGAUUUGCAAUAUUUUCCAUACUUGGUUUUAUGGCAUAUGAGCAAGGAGUAGCUGUGGAUGAAGUUGUAGACUCUGGUCCCGGAUUGGCUUUCCUGGCAUAUCCCAAAGCCGUUAGUUUACUACCA